AUUAAUCGAACAUAUUUCACGCUACAGGAAGCCAGUCGUGUUUCGAAAAUUUCUGAUGAAUUCUGCUCGAAAUUAGGAAUGCAUCAAGCUUUUUGUGUAUGAACAAAUGUACCUUAAAUAUCUAAUUAUAUUGGGCUUCAUUCUUGUGCCUAACAUAGAAUCUCAAGCUCAAGGUAAAAUUGGUAAAAUCUUAAUCGGCACGCAAGAUGAUGAAUUAACAUCACUGGAUUUUAAUUUAAAUGAAGUUAGACCAACUUUCUUAAGAAUACCAAUUUUUAGUGAAGUCAGAGAGUAUGUCAAUGGUGUAAUAGGAGGACCUUCAACCGGUGUUCCUGAAACUGUUAAUGUGCGGUGUUCAAUCGACGACCAAGAUUCAGUUGAUGGAUUUAGUUCAGCGGACUUCUCUCUUUUGUCGAUCCCUCCAAACAAUAACGUUGGUUUUGUCACUAUAUCCAAUAUAAAAGAAGGAAGAGCUGCUAGAGUCUAUUGUUAUGGUGAAAGUCCAUCGAAUAUAUUCACUCGAGAGGGAUCGAUAUCUAACAAAUUGGAAUUAUUAAUUCGACCAAGGGGAACAAUAUCUAUUCUAAAAAAUUCCAUUACUUUUGCCGAUGAUCUUCGGAUUAAAACCGGAAGCUUUCCAAUUGAAAUAAGUGAACCUAUGAAGGAGAAUCUAACAGCUAUAUGUAACUUAGACAAUUCAUCUGAUAAUAUUACCUUUGAAAAUCUAGAACUUUAUAUUGGACAAACAAAAGCAAAGUUUUCAUACAGUUUUGAGAAGUUAAGUGAUAACACAACUUUCUCAUGUUCACUACAAUCGUCUGGUACCGUUACAACACAAUUUGUAGCAGCUUCUUCAAGAGGUUCUAGUCGAUUUGAUAUUGAAGAGUUAACAGUUGAUAUCGUGCCCAAAGACAUUACAAUUUUAACAGAUUUUUUUAAAAUAUUCUUGAAAAUAAAGGAGAUUCCUCCUCGUGCCGUUAAUUUUGUCUGUAGAGUUAAAACAAUUAAAACGCCUCAAGACUUGAUAGAUGCUGAAAUGGAAGCAUGUGACCCUUUGCCAGCACCUCCGAACGCAACCCAAGUUACAUUGUCACCUAGCGUAUCUCCAAAUAGUUCAUAUGUUCCUCCUGUUCCGAAUAACAGAAGCGAAUGGAUUAUGAGAGGUUCAGAUUCACCCAUUAUUUUUGAAGACACCUUAUACCGAAUACUGACUUUGCAAAGAUUACUUCCACCAAAUAAGUUCUUUAGUGAAGAUUUUGUUGUUACUUGCUGUGCUCCAAAGGAUGAUAAUUCUCAAGUACCAGGCUAUCAAGAUUUAAAACAGAUUGCGCGAUACAAAGCUGAAUUUUUUCCAAAAAACUCAGCCAAUUGUAGUUUUCCCGAAGUUACUGAUGAUGAGAGACAGAAAGAAACUAUACUCUCUAAUCCGGGUUAUGCUAGAAUAUCUCACUGCCAUUGUGACUUAACUUGUGACAAAUGUGACGUUGAAUGCUGCUGCGAUAAGGAUUGUUUGCAAACGGAAAUAAAUUCAAAUAGUAAAUGCUUCCCUGGGCGAUUUGGAGGUAAAGACGCUCCACCCUCUGAAAAGUUAUGCAGCGAGAAAAGAUUAGAUCAACCUGAUUAUCAUGAUUUUAUGUGCAUAUGGAAAGAAAACAAUGCAUUUUUGGGUGUCUAUAAUUUGGAUAAAAUUCGUAUAAUCAGGGGAGCAUCUAAUUUUCAAGACAAAAUUGAGACAGGAGUGAUGAGAUAUUCCUUUGAGUCCGUUGAAUCAAAAAUAUCUGAUACAGUAGAGAAGGAGUAUAGGCAGUUCUCAACCAUUAGAACUGGUAUUGAGCCUGAUACUCCUACAGAAAGAUUCCUUACUGGUGAACAAUAUAGACUUUCUUUGCCUUCGUCUGGAAUAACUGCUAAUGCAUGUGUCUGGAACAAAGCUGUUCAAUAUAUAACGGAAGGAAACUCUUAUUGCUCUCAAAAAUUAUCUCCAUCGAUAUGCAGUCAAUUUACAUCAUUGAAUGCUCGCUUUUAUGUUAUUUCGUCUAAUAUUAUGUCAACAAGCUCUCCAAGAAGGCCGGCGGUAUUGAAAGAGAAGACUUUGAGAGGAUUUACCAUCACAAAUACUGACUAUUUCUGCACUACUAAUACGAGUAAUUACGUAAAACCAGAAUUUAAUGGCAAAAUUCCGUUUGGAAAUAGACCCAGAAAAACUCUUUCACUUUUUAAUUACACCCUUGAGAAUUGUACCUACGAUCUGGAAUUGAAUACUUACAGAUGUAAAGACGACGGUUGGGUAGACAGAGCAUCAAAUGACGACGCUACCAGGUGCUCUUUUGACAAUGGUUUUACCCUCCCACCAGAGCCGAGUUACAACCCUAAUACUGAAACAUGUGAUAAUGUUGUUCUGAAUGUAAUAUAUAACUUCACCUGGUCCACUAGCGAAAUAGUCAAAUUAGACGCAACAGUUUUACUUGGAAACGUUACAUUUAACCAUUUAGUAGAAUAUGAGAAAGAAAUUUCUUUCAUAAAUGCAACAGGACAAGUAGAAACAAAACUUGAGAAAUGGAGUUUAACAACACAUAAUCGUCUCAAUCAAAAAUAUAAAACUAUUUGGACGCACGUCGCCGAAAACGUGACAGGAGAGCCUAUAUCAACAUCAGGCAAUCCAGGCUAUGAACCCAAUUAUCCUAUCAUAACUGGAUUUCUUAAGAAUGCCUCGGGUAAUGUCAGUAUAGAUGAUUCUGUAAAUAAUCAAAUUCACAUAUGGGAGCAAGAUGGAUCAAGCUCUCUUUGCGCUGAAGUAGGAAGAUCAAGAGUUCAAUUUUUACAAUCAGCAAAAUCUGCUUGUGAACUUUCGUUAUCGUUAGCCGAGCUGAAAAACUGUACAUAUCUUCGGCAGCUAAUAUUUAAUAGACUUAACGUUUUAAUGCCAUCAACUCAUAUAUCAAUUGGAGGUGUGAUUGAAAAGGAAAAUUUAGAUAAUUGGAUAAAAAUUACACGGCAAGACUUAUCAAAAUACUUUUUGGAAAAUGAAACAAGUUUCGAAGAAAAUACUACUUUGAGUCAAUUUACACUUGCUCCAGCUAAUGAAAAUGUUACAACUGCUACUCUUAAUCCUAUCAUUAAUGAAACUGUUAGCAAUGAUAAAAAAUCCGUAUUCGAUUUGGCAGAAGGAAUAUGUUCGGACAUUCCUUCAUCUAUUCAUAUCUCUAUAAUUUAUACAAGAGCUGGUGCUGCAAAUAAUCUUUCAAUAUAUAAUAUCAUAGGAAGCAAAAUUAGCUAUUCUUUCUCUGAAUGGUCAUUUCAAAAUAUUGACGCUAAUGACUUUCAAACAUUCCAAAUAUACUCUUCUGUGUCCUUUGAAGACGUUACUCCAAAAUACGAAAGGAUUCCAAAAGCCAGAUUAGAUGACGUAAACGCUUGCGAAAAAGAAUCCUGUUGGUCUAAAUUCUUCUAUCCAUUUUCAAAAGACAAUGAAGCAGACGAUUUUCAGUGGACUUUAAUAGCAACAUUUUUAACUUUAAUCUUUAGGAUUCGAGAAGCUCAGCAAGAUAUAUUUAAAAAUUACGGGGUUCGAAAGAUACAAUUAGGUAGAAAUGUUGUUCUGAGUCUUGACGAAGAGUCUCGUGAAGAAGAUACGAAUGGUAGCGACUCAGAUGAUCGUAACUGUUUUGGCACAAGGCAUGGCAGGAAACGUGACUACGAUUCAUCCAGUGAUAAUCUAGCUUCUGAUUUUUCAUCAAAUGACUGCAUGAGAAAUAAGUUUAAUGAUAUGGAAGAGGAUUAUGUAAUAGGUUCAAAACCUGGACCUAAAAGCUCCAAGCAAAGAUUUAAACUAAGAAGGUUCAGUAAGGGUAGAAAUGGUUCAGAUGGGGAAAUUUCAAAUACUGAAUUGAACGGAGAAGAUAAAAUAGAUUCAAGAAUUAUGUCCUGUAAGUGUGCGAUAACGAAACUCCCAAUAUCUUUAAUAUCAGGAACCAAAUGCGAAGCUAUUGAUAGCAUUAAUGAUAAAAAGGUGCACUGUACGAAUGAUGCCAGAUCGAAAUACUACCGUACAGUUGCUGCCAACCGGCCAUCAAUUAUCGUAUGCUCAAAGCACGAAGAAGAGAUGAAGAAUCAUCGCUUUUGUCCUCACUGUGGACUAUGCUGUGCCGAAGGGGCUUUUAUACAAUGCAAUUCAUCCCCAAAAUCGCAUUUAAUGCACGAAUAUUGUUGCACUCGUGAAUCUAACGUUGUUAAAUGUAGUCAUUGUGCAUCUGACGUUAUAUCUAAACGUUACUAUAGAAUUUCUCAUUGGCAAACCGAAAGGAGAAAAACUACAAGGAGGUCUAUUAUGGAUCCCAUUAAAGAAAAUCAACCAAAAUCACCAAAGAAAACCAAAUCAAAUGCAGGUGUGACUGUUCUAGGAAAAUUAUGUGGAAUAAUCUUACAGUUAACGCCAAAGUCUCAAGAACGAAUUGAUCUUACCACAUACGUUUUACCGAAUUUUGAACGGAAAGUCAAUUCAAAACUACUAAUCGGAUGUAUAAACAAAAAUGAUUGUAUAGGAGUUGCUGAGUGUUUCCUAAAUGGAAUAAAAUUGGAAGAGCCAAUAACUAGGGAUAAUGAAACACCCCUAAUGUAUGCAGUAGCUAAAGACAAAUUAGAUAUAGUGAAUCUAUUGACGACAAUGGGUGCCGACAUAGAAGCAUCUGAUUCUUCGAACAACACUCCAUUAUUAAAGGCUGUACAAAAAGGAAAUAUUGAAAUUGUAAAAUUAUUAAUGCGGCAUGGAGCUAAUGUGAAUAAGACAAAUGAUAAUGGAAAGUCCGUUUUACAUUUGGCAGCUAGCACAGGAAAAGUAAAUCUCUUGAAACUGUUCCUAGAGAGGAAAUUAGAUGUCAAUGUCCAAGAUUUUGAUGGUUUCACACCUCUCGUUUAUGCAGCAGAAGUGGGUCACUUGAGUUGCGGCGAAUUUUUAUUAAAAAAUGGCAGUGAUCCAACAAUAGAAGAUCAUGAAAAGUCUAUGGCAAUUCAUUGGGCAGCUGUUGGAGGGAAUAUUAAAUUGGUUUUAUUAUGCUAUGAAUAUGGCUGUGAUAUAAAUGCUGCGAACAAUAACGGAGACACUGCUCUACAUAUUGCCGCACGUAGAGGAAACGAAAAUAUGGUAUAUGAAAUAUCUACGCAUGCUAUAGAGAGCAUAACAGUCUCAAAUAAUGAAAACAAAACCCCCGUUUAUAUGGCUGCCUCAUUAGGAAAGUGUAGCUAUAACUAUUUGAAGGCUAAGAAAUUAUUAUAUACUGACAAUCUCUUAAGAGAAAGGCUCAUAACAACCGAUCUGUCUAAAGGGAAAGAGACUGUCCCUAUACCUGUUUUCAACGGUGUUGAUCGUUCAGACGAAAUUGAACCUUUUAUUUAUGUAAGAGAUAAUAUCGAACUGGAUGACCUUAGCAGAAAUAUAAAUUUCAAAGCUCUUGCGGGCUGUAAGUGUGAUCCCGAACUAUCGACCUGUUCUACGUUAGAUUGUAGUUGCGCUCAACACUCGUUGGGCGUGCCUUAUACAGAGGAAGGACGUCUACAAGAAAGAACUAUUAAAGGAGUAAAAACGCCAAGAUUAUUUGAAUGUAAUGAUAUGUGUAAAUGUUCGAGUAAAUGCAGUAAUAGAGUUGUUCAGAAUGGAAUCACUUUCCGAAUUGAUCUUUUCAAAACCAAGAGGAAAGGAUGGGGAGUUAGAGCAGCUCAACAAAUACCUAAAAACUCUUUCAUCUGUGAAUAUAUUGGUGAAGUGAUAUCAGAUGCAAGUGCCGACGAUCGUCAGCAUAAUGAUUCCUAUAUAUAUGAAAUAUGUGAGGACAGAAAUGAUACUCAUUGCAUAGAUGCAGCAACCUACGCAAAUAUUGCCAGAUUCAUAAAUCAUAGUUGUGAACCGAAUUUAUUCAUUACAAGAGUUUAUACGAAUUGUCAGGAUUUAAGCUUUCCCCGGAUAUGUUUUUUUACCCUGAAGGAUAUUUUUAUAGGCGAAGAAUUGUCGUAUGAUUAUGGAUCAACCUUUUGGGAAAUGAAGAAAUUUAAAUGCGCUUGUGGAACUGAAUCCUGUCGAUAUUCGAAUUAA